AUGUCUGCGGCAUUUAUGGACUUCCUGACUUCGAAGCUUUCCGAGGUGGAGCCUCGAACGGUGCUGGUUCUCUUGCUGCUUGCUUAUGUGCUGCUGCAACUCAGCCGUGCCGGAUCGAAGGGAAGUUCGGACACUGGCGGCGAGAAAAGCUUCGAUGACGAGGGCCUGGAGCACAUGGGGGUGGCAGGCCAGAUACCUCCUGGGAAGAAACUGGAGAUUGCACUGGAUCCACCCUCUGGGCUUCACUGGAGCAAUCCGGAGGAGCCUUUUGCUUUCGAGACGGAGCUGUGCAGGGGCACUUACUUCUUCUUCCACCCGCCAACCGACGGCCGCGCACCUCGGGGCGCCCUUGGCGGUCUGGACUUCGCUGAAUAUUUCCGCGGGAAGACACGACUAUGGGAGUUGAGGAUGCAGUUCACCAUCAAGACGUCCCUCUGUAGCAGAGACCUGUAUUUCGGUGUUGAGCUGGAGGAGUACGUGCACCUGCCCGCUGCGGCCAAGCGGGUCGUGCAGCUUUCCGUGGCGGCCAUCCGGCAGGCUCUGGGAGGGGUCUACCACACGCAGGGCGACGACCCCGUCAAAGCCCGGGACGGCGAGGAAGUGGAGCGACCCACAGUGGUUCUGCCGCUUUGGGCCUUCGAUCAGUUUAUCAUCACGCCGGCUGGGGAAGAGCCACCCGAGCUCACGAGCCCCGACUUCCCCGAGUACGGCAGCCGAAGGAAGGGCCGGAUUGCGGAAUACAUCAGAGAGAUGGAUGCCCUCGUGGCGAACCUGGGCCCAGGUCCGACUUACACCCUGGCCUUCUGGGGCAACAGCCGCUUCCUGGACGUGAUGACAUGGAAGCUCCGGGGCGUGCCGGUCGUGACUCCUUAUGACUUCGAGCCGCUAAUAGGCCAGCCGCCAGUCUAUGCCGUCAUUUACGCCCUGUCUGCGCCCACAGAGCUUGGAAGAGACGGUAAGCCGGAGUCCAGGCACCUGCCAUCAAGGAAGAAGUACCUCUUCCGUGCCGCCAUUUGGAACUCGGAGCGCCGCAUCCACCAGCAGCUCUUCGAACGCCUAACUGGACUGAGGAGUCUGGCCGGCUUCGGCGCUUCCGAGAGCUCCGACCCACCUCAGAAGAAGAGCUUCGUGAAGAACAUCGUCAGCGCCAUGAAGGAUCCUUUUAAAUGCUGCACGAGCCCGCCAAAGCGGCGAGAUUAG